AUGCAGAAAGUGCUGCGUAUAAAUCUCAAUGCCCGCAAUCAAGCUCUCCAGAAAGCCCGCCGAAAACACUUGAAGGAACUAAAAAAGGACUGGCAAACGCACGAUGACCACCGAAUCCUUCUAGACCGUGAAAGCCGGACUUUGGUCAAAAAUGAGCGGAAAGAACGACGCGAAGACUGGUUUGCAGGGCCAUUGGCGCCAAAAAGAGACGUUGGAAAGAAUCAUGCCGUUUAUGGCGCUCUGUCUUCUGCAUUUAUGAAAGGACCUGACAUCCCCAACGCCCUCUCAAAGUGGCCCAAAAGCAAAGGUGAUGACUUGAUUGGUGACGACUGGAGAGGCAAGGGAAAUGAGGGUAACCUUGUAGAAGGUGACCGUGUUUGCGUCGUUCACGGGGCGGAUGCGAUAGUUGGCCAGAUUGGAACCAUCCAUGAGAUUUUCAAGGAACGGCGAGAGCUCACCAUCAAGGGUUUCAACACGGCUGAUGUGCGAAUGGACCCAGGGCAAACAGGGCGCAAACAAAGACCGUUUCAGCCUUUCGACAGGCCGAUUCCCAUCGACGAUGUCCGUGUCGUCUUUCGACACACAGAAUCAGAUCCAAUAACUGGCCGUGUUAUAAGGGACCGUGACGUCCUUGUUGAGUCCAUCGAAGGCCGUGGUCCAUAUUUUGAGAGAGACAACGGAUCUCCUCUGCCCCGCCAUACCCGCUAUGUGGCUGGCUCAAAGACCGAAAUUCCUUGGCCCUCUGUUGAAUCAGUUCAGUUUACACAUUUCCCCGGCGAUACUCGCCGCUUAGAACUGGAAAAGAGAACAUAUACGCCUAGUGUGCAUGAGAACCCUCUACCGCAUCCAUCCAUUAUUGACGAGCUCCGACCGAAAUACCAAAAUGACCGUAUGGCACACGAGUACGACUAUGUGGCCAAAAAGAUUGUUGAAGACGCGCGCUCGAAGUGGUAUGAGGAACGCGGCAUCAACACGCCCGCAAUGGAAUUGCAACAGAAGUUGAGAGAGAAGAGUAGACAGCGGGCAUUGGAGUUACAGGCCGCAUUGAAAGCGGAAACAUCGCCCCAAAGGAACGGGCUUCCAGAUCAGGAUGUCAAGGAGAGUAUUGAAGAUUUCGAGAUGGACGAGGCAGCCCAAGACCAAGACGGCAUGGGCUACAGAGCUGACUGGGAGAAAGAAGUUGUUGUCCAUGAGGCUCCGACGAACAUUACACGGUAA